AUGAAUUGUCUUCUCUGGAAUAUACGUGGAAUUGGGAAAGGCGAGAGGAGUAUGUCUAUUCGGAGGAUUGUGGAUGAAAAGAAUGUAUCAUUCAUGUGCCUUGUGGAGACAAAACAUAAACAUUCAAUUAGGAACAGAAUGAAGAGGAUGUGGGGUAACGAUGAAUACGAUAUAUGCGAAGUCUAUGCUAGUGAGACAAACGGAGGUGGGGUGAUUGCUACAUGGGACACAAAAACCUUUUAUGUCUCGAAUAAGCACUCGGGGAGUAGGUGGAUCCUGUUAGAAGGUCGUAUAGAAAGUCACAAUUUUGAAUGUUGUGUGGGAGUUAUUUACGGACACAAUGAUAGAGUAGGAAGAUAUACUCUUUUUGAGGAAAUCAAGCACAAGGUAGUUGCUAUCAAUAAACCUAUCCUUCUCAUGGGGGACUUUAAUGUAGUACUACACUCUAGAGAACGCAUUGGAUCCUUCAGGUGCGACCUGAGCAUGAGAGAGUUCUCAGAAUGGAUAGAAGAAUUGGGGUUGAUUGAUAUACCAUUACAUGGAUUGAAAUUCACUUGGAGAAGAAAUGAAUCAAAAAGCAAAUUAGAUAGAGGCCUGUGCUGCCAUGCUUGGCUAAGAAGGUUCCCGAAUUUGUAUAUGUUGGGUCUACAAAGAAGCUUCUCGGAUCACAAUCCUUUACUCUUAACUUUAGAAACUGGAGUUAACUGGGGCCCCAAACCUUUUAGAUGCUAUGAUGCCUGGUUUUUGAAUCCGAAAUUUAAAUGCUUCCUAAUCGAUGAGUUGCGAAACAUCCCAAAUGUGUCCCUACAUAACAAGUUGAAACUCCUUAAGGCUCCCCUGAGAACAUGGCGAAAGGAAAAUUUCGACUCCAUGGAUAAUAAAAUAGCCGAGCUUGAAUCAGACAUUCACGAACUGAAAAGUAGAUGCGAUGAUAGAGAUCUUAAUGAAAUGGAGAGGGCAAGAUUGAAUAGAUUCACGCAAGAACAUGUCCCAUCGUUUGACUUCAAUAUGGAUAACCAUCCGAAAAUCACAGUCGCACAAGCAGCAUUCCUAGAAAAAAUCCCAUCCACUAAAGAAGUUAAGCAGGCGGUAUGGGCAUGUGGAAUCGACAAAGCUCCGGGGUUCGAUGGCUAG